AUGGGUACCGCGCUGUCCUGCUGCGUCGCGUCCAGUCCCAAGCUCCGGCGGAAGGACCACUCCAGACUCGAGUCGUGUCCGGAGUCCGACCUGAGCCGAGAGGACACGGUCUGCAGCCACCUCCAGCAUAUCAGCGACCGCGAGAACACUGGAGCAUUUCUACCGCUUCACUUCCCCUGCAGCAACACACACUUCUCCUGCAGCAACACACACUUCUCCUGCGGCAACACACACUUCUCCUGCAGCAACACACACUUCCCCUGCAGCAACACACACUUCUCCUGCAGCAACACACACUUCCCCUGCAGCAACACACACUUCUCCUGCAGCAACACACACUUCUCCUGCGGCAACACACACUUCUCCUGCGGCAACACACACUUCUCCUGCGGCAACACACACUUCCCCUGCGGCAACACACACUUCCCCUGCGGCAACACACACUUCCCCUGCGGCAACACACACUUCCCCUGCGGCAACACACACUUCCCCUGCGGCAACACACACUUCCCCUGCAGCAACACACACUUCACCUGCAGCAACACACACUUCCCCUGCAGCAACACACACUUCCCCUGCAGCAACACACACUUCUCCUGCGGCAACACACACUUCCCCUGCGGCAACACACACUUCCCCUGCGGCAACACACACUUCCCCUGCGGCAACACACACUUCUCCUGCGGCAACACACACUUCUCCUGCAGCAACACACACUUCCCCUGCGGCAACACACACUUCCCCUGCGGCAACACACACUUCUCCUGCAGCAACACACACUUCUCCUGCAGCAACACACACUUCCCCUGCGGCAACACACACUUCCCCUGCGGCAACACACACUUCCCCUGGAGCAACACACACUUCCCCUGCAGCAACACACACUUCCCCUGCGGCAACACACACUUCCCCUGCGGUAACACACACUUCUGCAGCAACACACACUUCCCCUACGGCAACACACACUUCUGCAGCAACACACACUUCCCCUGCGGCAACACACACUUCUCCUGCAGAAACACACACUUCCCCUACGGCAACACACACUUCUGCAGCAACACACACUUCUCCUGCGGCAACACACACUUCUCCUGCAGCAGCACACACUUCCCCUGCGGCAACACACACUUCCCCUGCGGCAACACACACUUCUCCUGCGGCAACACACACUUCCCCUGCAGCAACACACACUUCUCCUGCAGCAACACACACUUCUCCUGCAGCAACACACACUUCCCUUGCGGCAACAUACACUUCCCCUGCGGCAACACACACUUCUCCUGCAGCAAAACACACUUCCCCUGCAGCAACACACACUUCUCCUGCGGCAACACACACUUCCCCUGCGGCAACACACACUUCCCCUGCGGCAACACACACUUCCCCUGCGGCAACACACACUUCCCCUGCGGCAACACACACUUCUCCUGCGGCAACACACACUUCUCCUGCGGCAACACACACUUCCCCUGCGGCAACACACACUUCUCCUGCGGCAACACACACUUCUCCUGCAGCAACACACACUUCCCCUGCGGCAACACACACUUCCCCUGCGGCAACACACACUUCUCCUGCGGCAACACACACUUCCCCUGCGGCAACACACACUUCCCCUGCGGCAACACACACUUCCCCUGCGGCAACACACACUUCCCCUGCGGCAACACACACUUCCCCUGCGGCAACACACACUUCUCCUGCGGCAACACACACUUCUCCUGCGGCAACACACACUUCUCCUGCGGCAACACACACUUCUCCUGCGGCAACACACACUUCUCCUGCGGCAACACACACUUCCCCUGCGGCAACACAUACUUCCCCUGCGGCAACACACACUUCUGCAGCAACACACACUUCUCCUGCGGCAACACACACUUCUCCUGCAGCAACACACACUUCCUCUGCAGCAACACACACUAUACGAGCACAAAAGAGUUGAAUCUGGCCUGGAACCCUUCAGAUCAUCCAGGAGACAGCACCAUGUUCCUCAGCAAGUCCCACACUGACGUUCGGGACAAAAGGAAGAGUCUGUACAUCAACAAUAACGGCACGAGUCGGAGGAAGUACAGCUCGUGUUCCACCAUCUUCCUCGACGACAACACAGUGAGCCGCCCGCACCUCAAGUACACGGUCAAAUGUUUGUCUUUGGCCAUUUACUACCACAUCAAGAACAGGGAUCCAGAGGGUGGAAUGGUGCUGGACAUUUUUGACGAAAAACUUCACCCUCUCACUAAACACGAGGUGCCUCUGGACUACGACAAACUGGAGCCGGAGCAGAAACAGAUUUACAGAUUUGUGAGGACGCUUUUCAGUGCAGCGCAACUCACAGCAGAGUGCGCUAUCGUCACACUGGUGUACCUGGAGCGGCUGCUGACUUAUGCAGAGAUGGACAUCUCUCCUUCAAACUGGAAGAGGAUCGUUCUCGGAGCCAUUCUGCUCGCAUCCAAAGUGUGGGACGACCAGGCCGUGUGGAACGUGGACUACUGCCAGAUCCUCAAGGACAUCACCGUGGAGGACAUGAACGAGUUGGAGCGCCACUUCCUGGAGCUGCUGCAGUUCAACAUAAACGUCCCGUCCAGUGUUUACGCCAAAUAUUACUUCGACCUGCGUUCGUUAUCGGAGACAAACAACCUGAGCUACCCCCUGGAGCCCCUCAGCCGGGACAAGGCUUAUAAACUCGAGGCAAUUUCUCGACUUUGUGACGACAAAUACAGAGAUGCCCGAAGAGCAGCCAGGAAGCGGUCAGCGAGCGUUGACAACCAGUGUGGGGUCGCAUGGGUCCCAGCCAUCCUGUCCUAA